AUCGCACGUCGAGAGCAGUGAUUCCAUGGCCGACAACGAUCCGGUCGCCAAGGCCCGCGCGAUUGCCGCGCGUCUCGCCAUGACCGUUCCUUCGGACAACAGCGUGCUCGGGAAGCGCAAGAACCGCUUCGAGGACGACAUGGACGGCCGGAAGAAGAAGAAGGUGUACAUCCCCGUUGAAAAGUACCCUGACAUCAACUUCAUGGGUCUCCUCAUUGGCCCUCGCGGAUCGAACCAGAAGCGCAUGGAAGACCUCUCGGGCUCGCGCAUUCUUAUCCGUGGCCGCGGCUCGGUCAAGGAAUCCUUUGGCGAUCCCGAUGAAAACGAUGAUAUGCACGUGCUCAUCACGGCCGAUACGGACGACCAGAUUGCCAAGGCCCAAGAGCUGGUCGAAGACAUUCUCUUUAACCCCGAGAAGGCCAUGAAGUUGAAGCAGGAGCAGCUUCGCCAGGUCGCCGAGAACAACGGGUCCACCGAGAUUACGCACUAUGGCCCGCUCGGCGGCGGUAUCGGCGGCGAAACCAUGUUCAAGAUGUCGGUGCCCCGUGCGCUGGUCGGCUUGAUCAUUGGCCGCGGUGGCGAAACCAUUCGCGACUUGCAGAACAAGAGCGGGAGUCACAUUCAAGUCGGGCGCGAGGACGACGGCGGUCCGCCCACGGAGCGCAUUGUGCAGAUUGCAGGCACGCCGGCGCAGGUCGAGAUUGCGCGCAACAUGAUCAACGGUAUCUUGGGCGAUCGCGUCGAGGGCGGGCGCCGGGACCGCAACGAGCCGCCGCCGGACGCGCUCAAGCUCGUCGUACCGAACGACAAGGUCGGCCUGAUCAUUGGCCGCCAAGGCGUCACCGUCAAGGGCGUCCAGCAGCGCACGGGGGCCAACGUUGUUGUGCCGUCGGCGCCCGACAGCGAGAACCCGAGCCUGCGUACGCUCAUCAUUACGGGCACGUCGGAGGCGAAGGAGGCGGCGCGCGUCGAAAUUCAGAUGCUUGUCAACGACCAGCAAAACUUGCUGCCGCAGGGCGCCAACACCAUCUACAUGCAACUGCCAAACGAUCGGGUUGGGAUUGUCAUUGGCCGCCAAGGUGCCAACGUCCGCGCGAUCCAAGAGCGCCACGAUUGCCGCAUUCAAAUUCCCAACGUGCCGGACCCGGGCUCGAUGCCGGAAGUGCGCACGAUCUCGAUUGCGGGCCCGACGCAGCACGCAGUGCAGAUGGCCAAGGCCGAGAUUGACGCGAUCCUGCUCAACGACUCGGCGCGCAACUACAACAGCAACUCGCACUAUGGCGAGCAGUCGCGCGGCAGCGGCACGUACGGCACGGUUGACCCGUAUGCCCCGCAUUAUCAGCAACAGUACUACCAGCAGCAACAACAGCAGCAGCAGUACCAGUCGUACCAGUCGUACUACGGCCCGGGCGCCGACGCAACAGCCGCGACGACGACGACGGCAGCCGCCGGUGACGCGACCUCGGAGGCUGCGGCCACCGACGCGACGGCGGCGACGGCGACGGCAGAUCCCAACGACCCGAACGCCUACUGGAAUGGCUACUACGAAUACGCUGCGUACUAUGGCGUGGACGCGGCGAACGCUGCGUGGGGCGUGACCGCGGCGGCCGACGGGUCGACAACGGCGCCUCCCGCCGCCGAGGGCUCCUCGGACGAGCCCAAGAAGGCUGACGAGGCGGCCAAGUGAGCAGCUGCGCAGGCAAGCGUCGUCGUCGUUAACCCGUUCAUCGAGGCUUUCUAUCACGUCGUCUGUCUU